AUGGCUUCCGACGACUCCCUGCCGACCCUCAAGAUACUCCUCAUCGGGCCCUCCAGCGCUGGAAAAUCGGCGUUGUUGAUGAGAUAUUGUGAGGAUGUCUUUGAGCCUGAAUCAGCAACGGCGACCAUCGGGAUAGAUUUCAAAAUAAAGAAACUCUCGGUCAGGGGCAAGGCAUACCGCUUGACGCUCUUUGAUACUGCCGGCCAGGAACGCUUCCGCACCCUCUCAACCUCGUACUACCGCGGCGCUCACGGCGUCAUCCUCGUCUACGACGCCUCGUCCCGGACGUCGUUCGCCUCGAUGGAGCGGUGGUUCGACGAGGUCGAGGUCAACACCGUCCCCGGCGUGGCGCUGUACCUGGUCGGGGCCAAGGUCGAUAAGCCCCGGGCCGUGACUGCCGCCGAGGGCCAGGCGCUCGCGGACGCCCACGGCGCGAACUUCUGCGAGGUCAGCGCCAAGACGAGGGAGAACGUGAGGAAGCCCUUUGUCGAGAUCGUCGACGCCGUCGUGAGCCACCCGGACGUGAUGAGGGCCGCGGAUGGUGGGAGUAAGGGGACUGUCAAUGUGGGGGAGGACGAGGCAGCGUCGUCGUGUUCUUGCUGA